UCUAUUGCAGUUUCAAGAAAUUGUGACAGAGUGUCUGUUUCAGUUCUUGACAAAAGCUUGAAUAUUUUUUUUUUUAUAAAAAAGUGUGUUUUUGCUAUAUUAAACCUGCACAACUUAUAGACCUUUUUACAGUUUCGAUACGCAUCAAGGUUAAUAAAAUGGAUAGAAACUAUGAUUUGGCACAGUAGAAAAUUCACUGGAGCUGUCCUCUGUAUAGAAAUCGCUCUGAUUAUUGUGUAUGCAUUUUUUGUUACCUAUGAUUCAGAAGCAGACGUCAUCAAAAAUAACUCCACCAGAAGUGAGAUCAAUUCAAUCCAAGAUUAUUAUCCAAUGUUUCAAGACGUCAAUGUGAUGAUAUUCGUCGGAUUCGGGUUCCUGAUGACUUUCUUGAAAAAGUACGGUUUCAGCGCAGUUGGAUUGAAUUUUUUACUGGCCGCCAUUUCCAUUCAAUGGGCUAUCAUAAUGCAGGGUGUGUGGAACAUGCAAGAUGGAAAAAUACCAAUUAAUAUCACUAAUUUAAUCAGCGGGAAUUUUGCCUCAGCUACAGUUCUCAUUUCUUUCGGUGCCCUCCUGGGUAAAACAAGCCCGCUACAGUUGGUCAUUAUGUCCAUUCUAGAGAUUACAAUAUUUGCUUGCAAUGAACAUCUUGGAUUGCAUAUCUACAAGGCAGCAGACAUUGGAGGAUCAAUUUUUCUCCAUACCUUUGGGGCUUAUUUUGGACUCAGUGUUGCAUAUAUGCUAUACAGGAAGGAAGCAUUAGGACACACUAAAGAUGGUUCCAAUUAUCACUCUGAUAUUUUCGCAAUGAUUGGUACCAUAUUCCUAUGGAUGUUUUGGCCCAGUUUCAACUCUGCACUAGCCACAGGAGAAGAACAGCAUCGAAGUGUCAUCAACACUUUUGUUGCCCUGCUGGUGUGCUGUACCAUAACGUUUGCCAUCUCAUCGCUUGUGGAUGGUGAAGGGCGCUUAAAUAUGGUUCACAUCCAGAAUGCUACUUUAGCAGGUGGUGUGGCGAUAGGUUCAACAUCCAAUAUGAUUGUCCAUCCCUUUGGGGCUAUGAUUAUAGGAGCUUUAGCUGCAAUAAUUUCUACCAUAGGCUACAGAGUUGCAACACCUUAUCUCGCCAAGCACAUGAAAAUUCACGACACAUGCGGAGUUAAUAAUCUUCAUGGUAUGCCUGGAAUUCUUGCGGGUUUGGUGAGUGCUGUUGUAGCAGCUGCAGCAAACGAAAAGAAUUAUGGAUACAGUUUGUAUCAACUCUAUCCAGCUCGUUCUCCCUUGGUGAAUACCACAGAAUUCCAGAGAAUUCGCUCUGUCUUGAAGGAUAUUAAUUCUGGAGAAGACUGGUCAGAAGCAAGUCAAGCUUACGCCCAGCUUGAAGCAUUGUUCACUACACUAGCAGUCGCUAUUGCUGGAGGCAUUGUUACAGGUUAUAUAAUCCGCAGUCCAAUUUUCGAUCCUCCAAAGAAACAUCAAAUCUUUGAUGACACAGAUUAUUGGGAAGUACCUGAAGAUGAUCCUUGAAGAAUGGGAAUAAUAUUUUUGUAGUGAUGAAAAUAUCGUAAAAAUGUCUAGUACAUUCUAUUAAUUUAUUUUUGUCGUUACUGAUAGAGUUGCUCUUAAACUCAAAUUAUGCUUUUUAAUGUUGAAUGGUUUUAUUUUUUAGAAAAUGGCAGUAUUCAGACGUGUAUUUUCUCCAAAGUAUGUCAUCAUUUUUUUAUUCCAUUUUUUUGAAUACUGACAUCCAUUCGGACCUGUA